AUUACAAUGUUUAUUCUAAUUGUGUUUUCACUGAUGAACUUGACCUAUCUUGGUACCAAGUUCAACGGUGAUUUGCCAGCCAAUCAGUGGGACGCCGGUGCUUGAGGUAGAUGGGCGGACUACUGUUCUAGAAGCGUUUUCACGCUUGCGUUGUGAAUAGUGUGUACUGGGCUGAAGACUGGCAAGGACAUUUGGAGAUGAAAUGACAUUUGUGUAACGCUUGGAAAGGCUUAGAAGUUGCUGGAUAAAUAUCAAUCUUUGUUAAGUUAGCGGAGUGAUAUCAAUUGCACAUUUCGUCCAAAAAAAAACAAAACGUCUGCACUACUGUCCUAGUUAAGUAAUAAAGUUUGUUUGAUGGUGACUGCUCACUAAAUCUGUCAUUGGGGUCAUCCCUGCCCCUCCUGAGGUGAAUGGCUGCGUGCAGAGGGGGCGCCGCUUUCUGGGUAGGGUGCCUCUGGAGCCAAGGCAGCAAUCAACUUAAGAGGCAACCAUGUUGGGCUGUAUAUCAGAUGCUUGAACAGCCCUUGAAUGGCUCCUCAAGGACACUGUGCAGUGCGUCGUGGGCAUUGGCGCCUCCAAACAGCCUCCGCUAUCAGAACCUUAAACCUCCGUCCCUGUCAAACCCCUUCCACCAUGCGAGUCAGUCCCAGUCAGCACCUGUCCUGGACGAGGACUGGGAGGAGACAGUCAGCUUGUGCGUGCUGCUGCGACCCAAGGUGUCUGAGGAGCAGCACACCCUUGUGGAGGUGUCACACUUUGGGCAUGCUAAACUAAGCGAGCUCCUGGCUUUGGGACCCAACAGGCCCUUUGAGCUCCUUCUCCCUUUAACGACUGUUGACGGGAGCAGGGAGGAUGACAUUAGCAUUACAGCGAACGACAGGAAGGAGGGACAUGUGGAGGGAGUGGCUCCCUGGAAGGAAACCGCUUCUUUCAGGAGUCUUUUCGAGACGGAGGGCUGUCCUGCUCCGUUUGUGUUGGGCUCUUGCUUCUACUGUUUUCACUGCCCGGGAAUUGAGCCCUUGGCCAUCAGUGGUGGCAGACUUAAUCUGAGGCUCGGACUAGAGGGACAGACAUCAGGCCUUCCUCCCUUCCCCUCAGUCUUCCUCUUCCAGGACGAUCCUAACCAGGUGGAGAGGAAAAGGAGCGACACUGAGAAGGAGAACGAGGAGAAGCUGGCCGUUAUGUAUGAGAGGCUAAGGGUGGAGCUUCCACAAUUUUUCUCAAAGAGUCACGACUACGGCCUGUACUCCAAUGACAUUGAAUUCAUCAAUGGACUUAUAAACGCCAAGACCAAGGGCCGGUUGAUGUACCAGCUGACUCUGUCUCUGUGGCGGCUUGUGUGCCUGUGCUACUACGCAGAUGCACGGUUGGAGGUGCUGAAGCUGACCAAGCACCCUGAGGACGGUACGGUACGAGCGCGCUGGAGACUCCGGGGCCUGCCUUUACAAACACUGCUGCUGCGCUUCUACAAGAAGGACAAGAGCCAGCUCUAUAGGAGUCACGAUGCAUUCUCCACGUUCUACCUUGGCUCAGAUGGUCUCAUACACUGUCAUAGAGUGGAAAAGGUGAUGCAGGCCCAGCCGCCCGUGUUGCCCGGGGUGGCCUCGCUGCUGGCCGGGGCCCUGGUGGCUCUGGGCGUUGAGGAGCACCGGCCGGCUCUCAACCUGCUGCCCUUCCUGCUGUCCUCCCUCAGGCAGGGCAGAGACUGAGUCUGACUGAUAGUGGGAGAAUGAGGAGAGAUAGAGAGAUGGACUUAAAGCACUUCAUGAUGGCAGAAAGAGUUUUGAGAGAGGGAGAGAGUGAGUAAGAGUGAAGUGAAAAACCUGUCUUAAGAGGUAAGGGAUGUGUUUGGAGGUGGGUGUAGAAGGAGAGCGAUUGAUGUUCUAAAUCAGAAGCACGAAUCGUUCUAAAACCAGUAAUAUCACACUUGAAAAUGACUAUCCCUGUGUUUUUGUUUUGUUUUUAUUUUAUUUUCAAGUUUUUUCCACCUGCUUUAACUGUACAGGCAAGCUUAAACCCUCAGUAUGUAUUCCUCUUUCACAUGCAGCCGAGAGGAAUUUAUGUAGUAUUUGUGAAUAGUUGGUUAAAACACGACCUGAACUGUUAUGCAAUGCCCUCCAAUGUGUCCCCUUUUCUGAAGUGGAUCACUGAAUAGGAUAUUCUAAAUAGCUUCUACCUUGCGCACAAUCCGUGCAUGCACCUUAGAAAAAGCUGCAGUGGCUUUAAAAUAUCGCACACACACACACACACACACACACAGACAAAACACUCACACCCUGCCCUGUGGACACUUUGUCAUUAUUGUACAGUUUGAAGAACCUCUUGACUGAAACUGGCCAAAGGACAGGCUUUUCUCCGAGAUGCGGUAUUUUGCAAGGUGUUGGUUUCAGAUUAGAGAUAAUUGGGUGGGUCACAAUAUCUGUGUGUAUAUAUAUAUAUAUAUAUUGUACCCCCUUCAACGGGUAAGCAUUACCAUUAUGGAUACGGUCUGGCAAACUUUCAUGGGAAGAAUUAAUACUGUACUAUACUGUACCACCAAGAACAGCUUAUACUGUAAGUCAUUUCUGGGGAAAUAUGAAGUGAAAAAUGUAAUGGCAGUGGUAGGUGUCGGCUGAUUAAUGGCAAUCCCUUUCCCCAACCUCAUUGUUGGAAAUGGAUUUAUGAAAUGGUCCUUUUUCAUCCUCCAAAGCUCUCACUGUGCAUGUUCUUCUAGUUGGUUACAGAUGAGAGAAAAAGUAUAGCAAUAUGUUUCAACCAGUGCAUUGAAAAUCAUAUCUCUUGUAUAUGAGAAAGCAAAUCAUGACAAUGUAAUCAAAUUGGUGUAAAGUUAUAGCCAGGUUUUCUCUGGAAUUCAUAAUGCAAACCCCAAGGCAGUAUUGUUCCAAGUUGUCCAAAUGUGUAGUCUGUUCAUCCAGCUUCCAGAAACGAGCGUUUAAAAUUCGUCAUAAGAGUCAGCAAACCAAGUAACAGUAAAAAAAAUAAAAGGUAAGUCCUCAAAUCGUAGUACAAAAUGACCGUUUAUUUCUUCUCAUUUCAUUGCUCUCUGUGAUUCAUCUGUUCUGACGACGCCACUCAGCCGCUAGUAGUGCUCGUGCUUUAUUAAAUCUAGAGUAAAAAAGCAUGACUUGACGUCAUUCUGCAGUUAAAUCAUUCAGAUAAGCAAAUUCAUUAGUAAACAUGACUAAAAUCCUCAUGAUGGUACUGUGGUGGUAAUUAUGACUCUUUGUUCCUGUAAUAAUUCAACUUUGCUGUGGAAUAAAACAAAAUAUGUGUGAAUAAUAAA